GGGUGCCUUCGUAGCGCGGAAUAUCCUGCACCCAACUGGCUUCUCGACACCUCCUUGCGGCCCAAUGGUCCGAGUUCAAGAGCUUCCUCGUAGGGUCCUGGCACAGGGUCUGUGGAAUCGCGGAGAACUCUUGGGUUGGGGUCCUGAGGCCACCUCAGCCUUCUGGUGCGGUGUGGAGAGUCUUCGCUCUCGACAGACAAAAAACUUGGACUUUCGCCGAAAGUGGGACAAAGAUGAAUAUGAGAAGCUCGCCGAGAAGAGGCUCACGGAAGAGAGAGAAAAGAAGGAUGGAAAACCAGUACAGCCAGUCAAACGGGAGCUUCUCCGGCAUAGGGACUAUAAAGUGGACCUGGAAUCCAAGCUUGGGAAGACAAUUGUCAUUACCAAGACCACGCCACAAUCUGAGAUGGGAGGGUAUUACUGCAAUGUCUGUGAUUGUGUGGUGAAGGACUCCAUCAACUUCCUGGAUCACAUUAACGGAAAGAAACAUCAGCGAAAUCUGGGCAUGUCUAUGCGUGUGGAACGUUCCACCUUGGAUCAGGUGAAGAAACGUUUUGAAGUCAACAAGAAGAAGAUGGAAGAGAAACAGAAGGAUUAUGAUUUUGAGGAAAGGAUGAAAGAGCUCAGAGAAGAGGAGGAAAAGGCCAAAGCCUACAAGAAAGAGAAACAGAAGGAGAAGAAAAGGAGGGCUGAGGAGGACUUGACAUUUGAGGAGGAUGAUGAGAUGGCAGCUGUGAUGGGCUUCUCUGGCUUUGGUUCCACCAAGAAGAGUUACUGAGGCUUUCUAUGCUUGGCCUUUUGUUAACUGUGUGUGUGGGGGGGGUCAUUUGGGGGGGGGGCUUGGGAAAGUCCUUAAGAGCUGCAAUGGGGGUGGACUAGAGGGUGGGUGUUGGUGGUUUCCCUCUACUUUGGGAGAGAACACAGGAUGCAGAGGUAAUGCUGUGGCAUAUUCCUUCAGCCUCAGCAUAUCACUGGAGUCACAGGGCCUCUGCCUGAGUUCCCAAUAAAGAAAAACCUCUUCUGAGGCUGCUUUCCCAAACCUCCCCCUGCAUCUUUCCCUCUUCAUCUGUCCAAUCUCUUUGAGCAGCUGACAUUUAUCCUGUGUUUUCCAUUUGUUUUAAUUUUGACUCUUGCUUAGCCUGCAGCAGAAGGGUUCUCUGGGUCCCCAGUGUCCAGUUGAUAGCACAUUUUUGACCAGCCCUCUUUUUUCCCCAAACCUCCUGUGGUUCUCUACUGCCUGUGCAUGCAUGUGUAUUUCUGCCUGGGUCAGUGAUAUGUGCGGGCGUGUGUGCAUGAAUUUGUCACAUAGAGGGAGCCUGAGCUAGAUCCUCAGAGCAUUGUUGCCUUGGGGCCUGAUGUUCUUGGCUCCCUCAGUGCAUGUAACAGGAAAUUAAAUGGGAUGAGUGUUUGGUGUGGUUUUUGUCUGGUGAGUUUUUUAACCUUUGUUUUUCAUAUGUAGACUGUUCAGCCUUUCCUGUUUGUUUCAUUUUAUUGAGGAUUACUCUUUUUUUCUUCCUUGUGAGCAGGCUCUUGGAAGAACCUAUUUGAUGCAAAAAAAGAAAAAGAAAAAAAAAACUUUAUAUGGGAGCCCUUGGGUCUCAGAGACUGUUCAACAUGUAUAAUAAAUGGCAUUGACUGGGCCUAUUCACAUUUGGUGGGAACAUUCCAUAUUCUUCCCAGUGUAUUGUUUUGUUUUUUUUUUUCUUCCUACACUGAAUAUUUACAUACAGAUUUCAGGCUGCUUUUUUCUCCCUUCAUUUGAGCCCUGUCACUUUUUUUUUCUAGGUUCCUUCAGCACGAGUUGUAUUUUCCUCUGAUGGGAUGUGUGUCCGGAGGAAUCUAAACACAACUUUUCCUAUAAUUUUAGCCUCCUUUGGUCUGUUUUUGGAACAGCAGAAUUUAGGGUGGAACUUGGUGUUUUCCUUGCUGUCUGCAGUUAGGCUAAGCACAGGGUUAUUCAGUUUUAGCACUGUUGACCUUUUGGGCUGGUUAAUUCUUUGUUGUGGAGGCUCUCUUACGCAUUUCAGGAUGUUUAGCAGUGUCCCUAGCCUCUACUCCCUAGAUGCUGGUAGCACCUCCUACCCGAGUUUGACAAAUAAGGAUGUGUCCCCAGGAGUUGGGGGUGAAAUCCCUCCUGCCAGUCCCAUUGAGAAGCAUUGACAAGCUGUCUCCCUACUUUGGUCUGACUUGAGAAUUAGAUGGCACAGACUGCUUAACUAAAGAAAAAGGUUUGAUAUUCCCUGAAUUGGGUACUGUGCCAGAUCCUAGGGAUAUAGGGGAAAAAUCAGUCUUUUAAACCAACAAUAGUUACACAAACUUCAAGCAGAUGAAUUCUGUAAUUUUAACUGGUUCUAUAUCCUGAAAAGUGGGUUCUGUGUGUGUUAAGAAGGCUGCCAUCAGCAGCUUUGGUGUAAAUAAGCACAAGGUUUAUUUACAUUCUCUGUCUCAUCUGGCCCCUAGAAGCAUCUGAACUACCUUUGGGUCCCUUAAAGUACUAUGCUCUUCCCUUUGGACUUUUGUACAUAACUCCCUUUUUACCAGGCAUAACUUUUGCCUAUUUUAUUUCUGAUGCUCAGUCUUGCCAUUGGGAUCACUGUGAAUGUGUGUCUACUGGCUCAAAGUUUCAUGUAUGGUAUUUGUUGGCGAAUUGCAGGCAGAUUAGUGGAUUCUUCCCUUGAUAGGAUUAUGUGCUCUACAGGUCAUUCAAGUAACAGCUCUACUCUAGUAGGCUGGGCCCUUUUGCUCUCCAUUUCAAGGCAGGCUGGAGAAAGCGUCAGCUGAGUUCCUUGCAUUUUUCAUUACUCUUCAGGAAACCGUCUAAUUCAGAUUGUCUUCAAGUGAUUUCUCUCUCUUUGGUACAGUGAAAUCUUAACUAUGGUCACCUGUACUAAAAAGUGAUUUUGAACAACAGGUUCUCUCAAUUCUCUUGGGACUGGCAAGUGGGUUUGAGUCUCUAAGGGGUGUGUCUAGGUCAUGGAUAUGUGAAGAGACUUAAGAUGGUGACUUGGGAGGGGAGAAGAAUGAGAUGGAAUGGAAAUUUAGGAGCCCAGAGCAAUUCCAGAUAACUCAGGAAUCUCCGGAAGAGAAACUUCUUCGGUGUUUGUGGUCUUUCUAAAAUCUAUGAAAAUUUUGCAUUCUGAUUGAGGAAUAUGCCUGUUACUGGCCUACAUGUGUUCAUUUAUUCAGUGAUUGCUAAGAUACUAAACAAGUUGUAGGACCUGGUAUUCUUUGCUGGGGUAAGGCAUCAGGAUUCCAACUGUCAUAGAAUUUACAUUCUGGUGGAAUUGCCUUUUACAGUACCUAGGAACAAAAGUUUGGAUGAUUUCAGGCACCCCCAGGGACUCUUGCUGCAUCGCUCUGAUAACCCCCUCCAAAAAUUUAAAUGUGAAGAUUCUUUAAUCAGCAAUUCUACUCUGAAGUGUCUAUCCUAAAAACAUACCUGUGUUUGUGUACAUAUACUUGAAAGUUUACUGCAGCUUUGUUUAUAUAACAGUGAAACAUUUAAAAUAAAACUGGUACAUUUAUUCUUGAACAUAAUGCAACCAUUACUAUAUAUAUGAAUCAGAUUUGUGUAUUAACAAGAAAGAUCACCAAGACAUACUAUCAAGUAAAAAAGCACAAAAACAAUACCAGACAAAUUGAUGUCCACACCCCCCCAACCUCCUUCAUAAAACUAUAUUAUAUGUACAGUUAAAUAUAGAGAUUGAGAAAAAGGACUGGAAGGACAUACACUGAAAUUCUAACUGGUUAACUGGAAGAAAUUAUGGGAAGAGAAAGGUUAGCUGUUUAACAAUGUACAUAAAAGGAAUAGAGUAUUCAUGUGGGGUUAUUUUUUGGUCCUGAAACCCAGGAAUAAAUAUAUGUGGAGGUUAAAAUAAUGUUUAAAAUGCUAACAAAUAAUACCGUGAAACACCUAUUAUGGCACCUGAGAGGGGCUGUUAGGUAUAUCUUGUUUAGUUUUGGAGUUCCAAGGUAAGGCCUUGAAUACACCUUGCACCUUUAAAUAUUCCACUCUUGACUCAGGCACUGUGAAAUUGAUUUGGUCAAAGAGUGACUCCCUUUGGUUGUUCAGCCAGCAUAGAGGCUGAAGGGGAUGUCCAGAGACCUGUGGACCACGUGACUGCUGCAACAAUAAACUUGGAAGGCACCUGAUUGGUAGAGCUCCCUAGGCUGUUAAACAGAGGAGUUCUUAAUAGCAGUGUGUCCUCAGAUGAGCACUCCUGAGUGUCUGGGUAGGGCAGUUGUUUGGAUGCUAGAGUGUACUGGAUCACUCCUGUUAUGAUUUAACUUAUUUUAUCACAUGUCUUUCUUGCCAGUCAAGAUAAUAUAAUCUAGAGGAUGUGGCCAGCUUGUCCCUAGCUGAGCAGUUCCUUCAAGUAAAGCAUCUUCUCACCACUCAAGUGAUUCAGAACCUUCCAGACCUUUUGCCACUGUUCUGGUUUUCUUCGUUCCCCCACUAAUAAGCCUUGGAGAGAGUGUUUUAGAACUCCUCUCCUGUCCAGAGCAGCAGAGUGACUAGGUAUCUAGUGGAUGUUAAGCAUCCUUUACACCAGGAACCAGGCUCCUUGGAGAUAUGGUUGAUGCUAGGCCUGGGGAAAUAAGGAGAUGAACCUGGAGUGUCUUAGUGCCAGAAAGUGGGGAAAUGCUAACAAAAAACAACCCUAAACAAAUAAAUGAAAAACUCAAAGUUACUUUUGGUGUUUAGUAAUGUUUGUGCGUUUGGUCUAGAGGUUACAGUUACACUUGUAUCUUCUCAGGUCCUCAAAUUUAUUUUCCUCAUUUGGAAUCUAUUUUCAUUUGUCAGCUAUAUCUUGACUCCCUCCUACUAUGUAAUCACAAUUAUUUUGUUAUGUUUUCUUUUUCUCCCAUUUUUUAAGUAAUAUUUUUAGGAAAAAAAACUUGCAUACUCUUUUUCCACUCUUAAUCACCUUUAUUUUAGAGAUCUACAAUGUGAUAUAUUUAAUGCUUGCCAUCAUAAGAUUUUUUGAAUUUCCCCCCAGUCUUUACUUGGAUAAAACUCAUUCUCUUAUAAAUUCCUCAAGAGAGUUUCCUGAGUUCUUGAGUUCUUGCAUUUUUAAAACUGAUUUUUAUGGCUUUGGUAUUUGAAGGACAGGUGGAUAUAAGAUCUUGGUUCACAUUUCUUUUCCUUGAGUUUUUAAAAACUGCUCUGCUGUUUUCUUUGUAUGUUGUAGUGAAAAUACCGACCUGAUUCUUUCCUUCCUAAAUGAUUUUGUCUUUUUGUAUGAGGCCUGGAUGUUUUUUUUUCCCCUUAAUUCUAAUUGAUUUUCUAAGGUAUAUCUCAGAAUUGACCAUUCCAUAUCAAUUUUCCUAGGUUCAUGGAGGACCCUUUGGAUUUGUAGAUUCAUGUUUUAUUUCCAGAAAGUUUUCUUGUAUUACAAUUUUGAAUAUUGUAGCUGUUCCAUUAUUUUGCUUUUUUUUUGUUUAUAUAUGUUGGAUUUUUUUUUUGCCUUGGUAUUUAGCACUUUCUCUUUGAUCCUUCUUAAUUGCUUUCUUGAUUUUUAUUUUCAUUUCUUGACUGUUUUUAUUUCUUUCCUUAAUAUCACUUACGAUAUUUUAAACAGUUCUUUUUUUUAUUUUUUUAAUUUAUUUAUGAUAGUCACACAGAGAGAGAGAGAAAGAGAGAGAGGCAGAGACAUAGGCAGAGGGAGAAGCAGGCUCCAUGCACCGGGAGCCCGACAUGGGAUUCGAUCCCGGGUCUCCAGGAUCGCGCCCUGGGCCAAAGGCAGGCGCCAAACCACUGCGCCACCCAGGGAUCCCACUUACGAUAUUUUAAGUAAAAUAUAUUUCCCUUGGACAUCGUAUAAAUUAGUCUCUUUUUUCCCUGAGAUGAUUUGUUUUUUUUCUUCAGGUUUUCCUUUUUUUAAAAAAAAUUUUUUAUUUAGUUUUUUUUUUUAAAGAUUUUAUUUAUUUAUUCAUGAGAGACACGGAGAGAAAGAGAGAGGCAAAGACACAGGCAGAGAGGCAGGCUCCAUGUAGGGAGCCCGAUGAGGGACUCGAUCCUCAGACUCUAGGAUCAUGCCCUGGGCUGAAGGCAGGUGCUCAAUCACUGAGCCACCCAGGCGUCCCUCUUCAGUUUUUCCUGAUUUUGACUAACUCUUGUCUUAUAUUUUUUUCUUUUUGGUCCACUUUUGUUCUGACUUAUUUUUUAUUUGUAAUAUUUUUUCAUAACACCAAAUGACUGUUUAAGGUUAUUUAAUUUCGGUUGGAGUGUCAUCUUUGUUUCCCCAUUUCAUAGUUAGAUUUUUUUAAAAGAUUUUAUUUAUCCAUUCAUGAGAGACACAGAGAGAGAGAGAGAGACAGAGAGAGAGAGAGAGGCAGAGACACAGGCAGAGGGAGAAGCAGGCUCCAUGCAGGGAGCCUGACGUGGGACUCAAUCCCAGGUCUCCAAGGAUCAGGCCCUGGGCUGAAGGCGAUGCUAAACUGCUGAGCCACCUGGGCUGCCCUCAUAGUUAGAUUCUUAAAUAUAUAUAUUUAUUCUCAUUUUUUGUUGACUUAUUAUAAUGCCUGCCAUUUUCUGUUCAUUUUGAAAUGUCUUUAUUUCCAGGUUCAGCAAUUGCAAAUUAGGCAGGCAGUGUUUCUUCGAGUGUGGUCUUCUGUUGGAAGUUUGAAGUGAAAUAGAAUGUGCUUUUUUUGGAGGUGGAGCCCAACCUGGCAUUAUUCUGUGGAAAACUGAAUGCCACCUCAUUUUUUUUUGCUUAAAAAAUUUUAAUUGUGGUAAAAUACACAGAUCAUAAAAUUUACCAUUUCAGCGAUUUUUGAGUACAGUAAGUAGUAUUUACAUUCACGUUGUUAUGCAACCAUCACAACCAACCAUCUCCAGAACUUCUUUCACCUUGUAAAACUGAAACUCUGUAUCCAUUAAACACUCCAGUGCCCACCCUCAGCCUCUGACAACCACUAUUCUUUCUCUCAAUGAAUUUGACUACUCUACCUACCUUAUAUAAGUGGAAUCAUACAGUAUUUGUCUUUUUGUGACUGGCUUUCUUUUGUAUGUGUGACUAGCUUAUUUCACUUUGCAUAAUGUGCUCAAGGUUCAUGUAUACUGUAGUAUGUGGCAGGAUUUCCUUUUUAAGACUGAAUAAUAUUCUAUUGUAUAUUUAUAUGCCACAUUUUGUUUAUCCAUUUAUUCACUGAUGGACACUUGAAUGGGUUGCUUCCACCUCUUGGCUGUGGUGAAUUAGUGCUGUUAUGAAGGUGGCUGCACAAGUAUCAAGAUCUUACUUUAAGCCCACUUGCCCUUUAGUGUAGAGUUUAAGGGUCUGGGCUCUGGAAACAGAGUACAGAGUUCAAACCAUGGAUCUAGAACAUCCACACUCUGUAAUCUUAGCCAGAUAACCGCACCUGUCACACUGCUUUCUGAUCUCAAGACAUUAACAUUCAAAGCACCUAAUUUGUAUAGUUCAUGUGAAAACUCAUUGGAUUGUGGUGCCUGGCUGGCUCAGUUGUUAGAGCAUAUGACUCUUGAUCUUGGGGUUGUGAGUUUGAGCCCCAUGUUGGGGGUAGAAUUUACUUUAAAGAAAAUGAGGGGUGCCUGGACGGCUCAGUAGGUUGGGCAUCUGUCUUCAGCUCAGGUCAUGAUCCCAGGGUCCUGGGAUCAAGGCCAGUGUCAGCAGCGUUCCCUUGCUCAGUGAGGAGUCUGCUUCUCUUUCUGCCCCUUCCCCGCUCCUUCUCUCUCUCUUUCUCUCAAAUAAAUAUUUAAAAAAAUGAAAUGGAGGGGCACCUGGCUGGCUCAGUCAAUGGGCGUGCAAAUUCUUGAUCUCAGGGUUGUGAGUUUGAGCCCCACGUUGGGUAUAUAGAUUCGUUAAAAUAUUUUUUUUAAUUCCACAAUUAAUAAAAAUAAUAUGCUUGGAACAGUAACUGACUCAUAAUUAGUGAAUUGUUAUUACUGGUACAUCAAAUAACUUAAGAGGAUCAAUUUACUGUCAACACAUCACAAGUCACUAAAAGUUAUUGACAUCAAGUACAACUACUAGAUAAUAAAGAGGGCAAGAUUCUGCUUUCAGUUCUUUUGGCUAUAUACUCAGAAGUGGGAUUGCUGCGUUACAUAGUAAUUACUUUUUUUUUAGUUUUUUGAGGGACCUUCAUGCUGUUUUCUAUAGCAGCAACAGUAUUUUACAUUCCUAAAAACAGUGAAGAAUUCCAGUUUCUCCAUAUCCUUACCAACACUUGUUAUUUUGUUUCUGUUUUUUUUUUAAUAUUAUAGUAGUCGUUUUAAUGGGAACGACACGAAUCCUCUAUAUUCUUGCAUGUUUAUUUUUCUGUUGUUAUUGUCUACAUCCAUAAAAUGUUGGUAUUGUAUUGGGAUAUUAUCUAUUAGUUUGGAGACAACUGAUAUCUUUAUGAUAAAAGUCAAAGGGUCUUACUUUAAGAACAAGGAAUGUUUUCCACUUGCUUAAGUCCACAUUUGUGCUUCUUAGAAGGACAUUAAAUUUUUCCACGUGUGAGAUUUUGUACAUUUCUUAGCAGAUUUACUUUUAAGAAUUUAUCUUGUUUUGUUUAUAAGUAGGAUCUUCUAUUCCUUAACACUUUCUAACUUGUUAUUCAUAUAUAUGUGAAGAUUGCUGAUUUUAGUGUGUAAAUUUUAUGUCCUGACACUUUACUAAAUUGGUUUAUACUUCUUUUCCAAUUAAUAUACUUGUUUGUUUUCCUUUCUGUGUCUACAUUUGGUAAUUACUCCAAUGUAAUGUUAAAAAGUAGUAAAAAUAGAAAGCAUCAUUGCCUUGUUCCUGAC